AUGGCCAGCUCGUGUCUUCAGAUAUUCGGCUUCUUGCUCGCACUUUUGGGUCUGUCCGCCACCAUCGCCGCUACUUUUAUGGUGGAAUGGAAAAAACAGUCUCAAGGAAAGACGCACAAGAUUUACGACGGUCUGUGGAUGAGCUGCAGCGGAUACGAGAGGACGACGUGCGAGGUCCACGAGUCCAUCUUCAAACUCUCUGUGGAGAUCCAAGCCACCAGAGCAGUCAUGUUGCUCAGUAUAUUCCUGUCUGGCGUGGGGCUCCUGGUGUCCACUUUGGGGAUGAAGUGCACCCGCUUUUUGGACGGGAAUAAGGAGACCAAGGCCCACACGGCUUUGACUGGAGGCAUCAUCUUCAUCUCUGCAGGUCUUUUGUCUCUCAUCAUCACCUCCUGGUAUGUCAGCCAGAUUGUCCACUCUUACAAGCUGGCCCAUCGUCUUCAAAGUUUUGAGUUUGGGAAGGCGGUUUUCGUCAGCUGGGCCGGGAGCCUCCUCAGUAUUGUAGGUGGAGUGUUUCUGUGUUAUCGCAGGUGUUCACGCAGAACUGAUGCCUUUUCAGUCAAUCACCUGCUUCCCACAAGUCAACCCAGAUCCAACUACGUCUGA